GACGAUUACAAACAGUUCCAUUUGGACAAAUCGAGGAAAUUGAAAUUGUAUUCCAUUGAUUUGGAAUUGACGAUAAGGAAGGAAGCUGUCACGCAUUCUCAAUUACACGGUGUGUGGUUAUCUUUUUUGAGGUUAUCAACUGACAAAGAACGUGUUAAAAUACCGUUGCAAUGCGUUCGAAGAAGCUCGUCAGUGAGCAUUGGGUUGAUUUGGGGAAAAUGCCCAAUGAAAAAAUGAAUACAUGGCAUUGCAAGUGGUGUAAGCACAAGAGAAAACAUCAUAGUACCAGAAUGAUUGAGCAUCUGGCUGAAAAUUGUGUACAUUGUCCAGAAAAUGUGUCAAUUUUCUGCAAAAGUCGUCUGAGUAAGAAAGAAAAAAGCACAUCGAAAGGCAACAAAAAACGUAAACGUGCUGAGAUGUCAGACGAUUCCAGUGAUGAUAGUAGCGAUAACGAGAGUAUUUCCUCAGCAUCAUCAUCAAAAUCCAAUGCAUCUCAGAGCAGUCAACACUCUGUACCCAUUGUGCCCGACAGAGGACCAACUCUUGAUGGCUUCUGUGACAAAAUUUCAGUGAAAGACCAACUGAAGGCCCAAUAUCUUCUGGCUUUUGCUAUUUUUGCCUCGGGGUCACCAUUGAGCCUCACUGAAAAUUCAUUUUGGAUCACGUUCUUUCGAUUUUUGCGUCCAAAAUUCGAAUGUCCCUUCAAAUGGAUUUUAUCAAAUGUCCUGUUAGAUCAAGUGUACAAUGCUGUGAAGACAGAAAUCAAUCGAUGUAUUGAGAAUGCUAAAACUGUGAAUCUUCAGUGUGAUGGGUGGACGAAUCUUAGGAGUGAAGGGAUUGUUAAUUUCGGUGUCACAACGCCACUACCUGCUUUUUUUGCCUCAAUCAUUCCUGGCACUGAUUCUGAAUCUGGUGAGUGGAUUGCUGCAAAACUCAUCUCACAAAUUAAGAAAAUUGGGGCUAGAAAAAUCAUCUCGGUAUGCACGGACAAUGCUUCAGCCAUGAAAAAAGCGUGGAAAAUUGUCGAGGAGGAGUACAUCGAGUUAGCUAUCGCCGCUGUUGUGUUUGAGAAUUCAAAAUUAUAAAAAGAAUUUAUUUUCUUUUUGUUUCGAAUCGAGCGAAUAAAUCGCAUUGAUUUCCCAAUUCUCCACACGGCAUCAUCCACGGAAUGCCUUGUCACCAGAUAUUAUUUCGAAAUGCCAGUGAAUCAGCAGCUCGGCCAAUGCACCCGGACAUUGACCGAACUGCAGCCUAUACCGAUUCCGGAAUUAUUAAUCAGUCUCGUCCUAGCUUCAUCAAGGAACGUACAAAGGGGCGAACUCCUCGAGAUUGAUUGAUACUUGAAUCCGGAAUCAGUUAAAUUCCCUCUGCCCGGCAGUUAUCGUCAACUCGAGUAUUUUGGGAUUAUCAUUGAUCACAACUACGCACACCUUCGUAGUGAUCAAUCCCACGUUAUUAUAAACAAUCUAACUCUUCCCGGAGCCGGCAAACGAGGUGCGCAAUAACUCGGUCCCGUUCUUCCCAAGUGGAGUUUCGUGCAAGGACACAUUCAACCUUUUCAUCAAUUAUUUUUGUUAAAACUACGACGCGGAGAUCACUGUCGUGAUAAGGAUAAGACUACGCAAUUGUAAAACGAGUGGAUGUAUGAGUGUGAGUGUUGAGCGGGGGAGGUGUAAGUAGUUAUUGUAUUUUGGCCAUUGUUAUCAUUUUCGAGUCUAGUAUCAUUAAAUUGGUUUUCUUUCA